UGGCUAUGGGGCACCUGGCAGGGCUCGGUCCCGUGGCGGCCACCGCGCUGCUCCUGGUGCUGCUGCGCUGCGGCUCCGCUGCCUCCCUGUCGCGGCGCGACCUCGCGGCGGGGCGUAAUGACAGACCCAUCAUCGGGAUAUUGUCACAAGAAUGUCACUUUGAUGAGUACCAGCGAUUUGGAAGAUCUUAUAUUGCAGCUUCAUAUGUGAAAUUUGUGGAAUCUGCCGGUGCUCGAGCUGUGCCAAUAAGAUUAAAUCUUACAGAUGAAGAAUAUGAUAAAAUAUUCCACUCUAUUAAUGGGGUACUUCUUCCAGGAGGUGGUGUGGAUCUUAGGACUUCAGAGUAUUCAAGGGUUGCUAAGAUAUUUUACCACAAGGCCUUGGAGGCUAAUGACAAAGGAGAUUAUUUCCCAGUAUGGGGAACGUGUCUUGGACACGAAGAGCUUACAUAUCUCACAAGUGGUGAAAUUUUACUUGUUCAUACCAAGACAAAUGGUUUUUCACUCCCUCUGAACUUUACCUCAGCUGCAAAAGACAGUAAAAUGUUCAGGAAUUUCCCUGAUGAUGUGUUACACGCACUUGCUACUGAGCCAUUGACAUCAAACUUUCACGUAUGGAGCCUCUCCAUGCAGAAUUUCACCAAUAAUGAAAAGCUACGUAAUUUCUAUAAUGUUCUGACCACUAACACUGAUGGUGAAGUGGAGUUUAUAUCUACCAUGGAAGCAUACAAAUACCCAAUUUAUGGCAUGCAAUGGCAUCCAGAGAAAAAUCCUUUUGAGUGGAAGGAUUCUCCAGGCAUUCCGCAUUCACCAUCUGCUGUAAGAGCAGCAUAUUAUAUGGCUGAUUUCUUCGUUAAUGAAGCCAGGAAGAGCAUGCACCAUUUCUCCAGUGAAGAUGAGGAAACAAAAGAAUUGAUCUAUAAUUACAAUCCAGUUUACACAGGACCAUUUUCUGCAUUUCAGCAAACCUAUUUUUUUGAUUGAGUAUCUUGUCAAAGGUACAGUGUUGCUAUUUAUAAAUGGAAUUAUUUGCCAGCCUUGUGUAAUUAAGCUGAUAUAGUGACAGCAAGCUAGAACAGUUUUCCUUUACAAUGAUUUAUUCUGUGUAUCUUCUGCACUAUUGAAACAUUAAUAUAUAAAUUUACAUUCAAUAACAUAAUAAUCAUCUUGGAUCAUACUUUAAGGCAAACUACAGAAAAAUAUAUUUUUCUUCCAGGAAAGAGGACUUGACUAUGCUUAUAAACUUUGAAGUAAUCACCUUCGGUACAAGGAAAAGCUUUCAUAUAGUUUAAAAUAUGAGACUUCCCUUUGUAAAAUGUUGUGGACUUUGAUAGAUACAUUAGAUAGAUAUAUUGCAUAGUAAACUGCUGUCCUUUUCAAACAAUUUAGCAAAUGAGACUCUUGGAUUUGUCACAGAUAUGUGUAUGCAGCCAAGUUCUUGACAGGGACUCCUUUGUAAUUUCAAAAAUUAAUCAAAAUAAUAAGGCAUGAUAGCAAACAGGCAUUUUUGCCUAAGAAGCAUGCUUUAUCCCAUUUGUGAAACUGUUUCUCUUGUACGUUGAGCAUUAUUUGCAGUCCUUAUACUUUGUGAGGCCUUCAUAUCACAAAUACCACAUAAAAUAUGUAAGUUUGGAGGGCUAAGAAUGGAGUAACUUACUGGAGUAAGUGGAGACAGCAGCCGGGUAUGAGAUGCAGACACUCAUUCCUUUGUAUUUACAAGAAUACAAACCUAAUUUUUUCUCUGAACUGUCAGACUUUUCCUGUAGCUGGAUAGAAUUUUUAUUUGAAGUCAAGUGGUAGUUUGCCAUUAUAUUAGUAAACAAGGUCGUUUCUUUCUGUCUUUUUUGAUAGUUCAGUGCAGCUAAAAUUUAAACAGCAGAUGAAUGUACAUGAGAAACCUGUUAAAGGUGACAUAAUGUGAUAAUAGCAGUUGCAUGCAAUACACUGGCACAGUUUUUUCUCUGCUUUGCUCCAGACUUGGUGAAAGUUUUGUUCAGUGGUUUUGUCCAAAAAGGAACUAAGAUUAGACAAUCAAAUAUAAUUCUCCUCUCUAGCAUAGCUUCCAAACUUUUGUUUGAACAUUAACAAGAAUUUGGGGUUUAUGAAGAAUUCAGGUUUAUAAACUUCAGCUCUGUUUUGUAGAACCUCAUACUCUCAGGUAUCAUAUCUGAAUAAGUCUGGUAAGUUUCUCAGGUUUUUCAAGUAAAACACGCUCUAACUUGUUCUUCAUCAUGAAGCAACUGCAUAAGAAUAUGUGAAAUGCAUCAAUUAAAAAAAAAACCAGAGGAAACAUUAACUGUGACUAGCAGAAAAACACUUCCAGUUAAUUGCAAGCUUAAACAUGAGAUAUUUUUAUAUUUGUCAUAUCAGCCAACUUAGUCAAUGGUUACCUUUUAAUAUAGGUAGCUUUAUUAAUCUACUCCUGAAUAGAACCAAGUUUAAAAAGAGGGUUAUGCUCUACAGUUGCAUGUAAAUGUAGCAGCUAUGAUACUUUGAAACUAAGUCCAGUCUUCUGCCUGUUGUUCAGCUAUGUUCUUUGGAAUAGCUCUAAGAAUUUGCCUAAGUAAGCCUUAAACCAGAGAUCAAUCUUGCAAGUGAAGUGUCUGAAAUGGUAGUAAUUAGUUCCUAAAUGUGUAACUACAAAGAGUAUUGUGUGUAAUAUAAUGAGAGAAGUUUAUAUAUUAUAAAUUUGUAUGUAUCUUUCCUUUAUGUUGUAAAGCCUUAUUUGAUGAUAAGCAUGAUUUUUCUAUGAUAUGUGAAAUAAACUUUCAUUCAAGCAGA